GGGUGGGGGGACGAAGAGGGGAAUGGCGAUGGGGCAGUUGAGGAGUCUGGAUGCGUCGUGGAAUGAGAUUGGGAGUUUGGAGGGGUUGCAAGUUUUGACGGGGGUGAAGGAGGUUGUGUUGGACCACAACGCCAUCACCCACCUCGGCAUCUCACGCCCGCUCACGCGCACGCUCACCCACCUCCGGCUAACCCACAACCACCUGACGCGGUUCGACGGCCGCGUCUUCCCCGGUCUUCGGCGGCUCAUGCUCGAUCAUAACGCCGUGUGCGCGUUCAACGGCGCGAAAGGGAUGCCGAUGUUGAGGAGUCUGGGGAUCGCGUGGCAGCGGGCGGAUAUGGGCGAUGAUAAUGGCCGACGUGGGCCGGAUGAAGGGGUGUUGGAGAUUGCGGUGGCGGAUAUGCCGCACUUGGUUGACGUGCGACUGUCGCAUACAAGGGUCAGCCCUGCGACUGUCAAGGCGCUUUUGUGCGGGUGUGAGGAGUUGGAGAGGGUUGAGGCGAGGAGGUGUGGGCUUGAGGGUAUGUUGAGGGGUGUGGGGGAGAAGAGUGAUGGACGGCGGGUGGAAAAGUCACUGGGUGGACGGAACCAACCGCCACAUCCUCAUCGAUCAACACAUACACUCGCACAAUCAGCCUUUCCGCAGCAGCAGCAAUCCAACGAUGCCCGUCCACGGAUAGCGCACCUCGAUCUGCGCGACAAUGCGCUCACGGACUCUGACCUCGCGUACCUGGGCGUUGUUGUCGAUAAGGGGAGCAGCGGUGGGGUGGGCAGUGAGGCGCUGAGGGUGCUGCUUUUGUCGGGCAACGCGGUAAGGGAUUUCCGCGCGGUGGCGAGGUUGUUGAGGAGGGCGAGGGGGGUUGAGGUUCUGGAUUUGAGAUACAACCCGAUCACGGCUAGGUUCUACCCGCCACCUGCAACCACAACCGCAACCGCAGGAGCUACCAGCCCAACCACAGCGACACCCUGCGCAUCAUCCUCAUCUGCGGUAGCGGGAAGGAGCAAAGCCGGUCUUGCAUCGGGCCGAGACCAUUCCCAAUCCCGCAUCGACAAUUUCCUCACGCCCUCGCGCCCACUCCCACCAAACAGCACCACCGCGACGCCUAUCCCCAAAACCCCCAACGCCUCAUCAACGGAAGUCGGAAAAGCCGUCCCCGCACGCGACCCCACGAUAAGCGCCGCGUCACCCUGGCGCACACGCGACGAGCAUUUCACGCGCAAACAGCUAUCGGACGCAGACUACAUCCGGCGGCUGUGUUACCGGUCGCACGUGGUGCAUGUGCUCAGGCGGUCGUUGAGGUGGUUGGAUGGCGCGGUUGUGGAUGAGAGGGAACGGUGGGGGGCGAAGGAGAAGGUGCGGAGGGUUCGGGAUGCUGUUAGGGGGUGACUGGGGCGGCGGAGGAGAUUAUAAAAGGAAGUUUGAGGCAAUAACGCGUCGCAGGAAUGACGAGAAAGAACUACGUACGUUUUUUGUGAUUUGACUUCUUCCAGGAGUCACACUAAGGAGAGGAAAGGGGCCGACGGGAAGGUUGUGCAUGGUAAUUUAUAAAUGGGACUAAUGGACAGUCAAGAUGGCCUCUUCGGUAAUGACCUCAAUAUUUGAUGUGGAAGAGAAAGGAUAAUGUAUGGC